GCCUCCCUCGCCUCGCCUCGCCAGCAGCACACACUCCUCGCUUCGUCGCCGUCUUCCCCCCUUCCUCGCCCCCUCCUCCUCCUCCUCGUGCCCCCUCCGCGCUCGCUUCGCUAGGGCUUGGAGAUCUCCCCUGAGCCGCCGCCGCCCCCUCCCGAGAUCCUCCCCGAAUCGCCUUCAACUACCGCGGCGGCGGCGCCGCCACCGUCGACGAAAUCGCAGGUGCUGCUUUCUCGCUCUGGCUCCGCUUAGAAAUGCGCUGUUUAGCUGCGGUUCGGGGCGAUCGGAGGUGGCUAUGGUGAUGAGGCGCGUCGCCUGCUGGGCGGUUCUGUUCGUGGCGGUCGGUUUGAUUGGCGGCGGCGGCGGUGGCCGCCUCCUCGCGGCGUCGCCGCUGUGGCCCGAGGAGGAGGACCCGUUCCGGCUGUCCUCUGCCGACUAUGACUCUGGCAGCGAGGACGCGGCGGUGAAGGUCGUCGAGGCGUUCCCGUGCGGGGCCUACUCGGCCAGCACGCGCUCCUGCGAGGAGAUGAACGGCUCCGGGUCGUUCAACACCACCUGCGUCAUAACCUCCAGCUCUUCGCUCGAUGCUGAUGUAUGUGUCUAUGGCACCGGGAAUGUGGAGAUAAGGCCGCUGGUCAAGAUCAUCUGCCCUCUCAAGGGGUGUUACAUCGCGUUCAAUGUCUCGGGGAGCAUCACUGUCGGCGAGCACGUCGAGGUGAUUGCGGGGUCCGUCAGUCUGUAUGCCACCAACGUGUCGUUGGGUCGCCACACCACCAUCAACACCACAGGGAUGGCAGGUGAUCCUCCUUCCCAGACGUCCGGCACGCCUCACAGCCUCGAAGGGGCCGGUGGAGGGCAUGGUGGGCGGGGCGCCUCGUGUAAAGUCUCCAAUGCCACAAACUGGGGCGGAGAUGUGUAUGAUUGGCCGGAAUUGGAGACACCGUGGAGCUACGGCAGCAAGGGAGGCAGCUUGUCUGCUGAUCACCAGCUUGGAGGGGAUGGUGGAGGCCGUGUCAUGCUCAGGGCAAGCGAAAUCAUGAACGUGGAUGGAUAUGUGCUUGCUGAAGGAGGUGUGGGCAGUCUCAGAGGAGGCGGCGGGGCUGGUGGGAGCAUCAUAAUUCAAGCUGUCAACCUAUAUGGAAAUGGUACAAUAAGUGCUGCUGGUGGUAAUGGAUGGGGCGGAGGCGGUGGCGGGAGGAUAUCUCUGGAUUUUUACAGCAUCCAACAAGAUUUGGAAAUUACAGUUCAUGGUGGACAGAGUUUUGGGUGUCCUCAGAAUGCUGGUGCAGCAGGCACAAUAUUUGAGUGUUCAUUGCACUCUCUAAAAGUCAGCAAUGGGAAUUUCAGCACAAAUACGGAAACUCCAAUUCUGGGUUUCUCGACGAAAAGACUCUGGUCGAAUGUGCUCGUGGAGUGCAAUGCAAAAGUGUUGGUUCCCUUGUUGUGGUCCAGAGUACAGGUGACAGGUCAAAUUAGAGUGCUUAGUAAGGGUAGCAUCUGCUUUGGGUUGUCUCAACGUCCAGUAUCAGAGUUUGAGCUGGUUGCUGAAGAGCUUCUAAUGAGUGACUCUGUUAUCAAGGUGUAUGGUGCGUUCAGAAUGUAUGUGAAGGUGCUCUUGAUGUGGGAUUCAAAGAUUCAGAUAGAUGGUGGGGGGGAUGUUAUUCUUGCAUCUAUGCUUGAGGCGAGAAACCUUGUCAUACUCAAGCACGGGUCGGUGAUAUCUUCCAAUGCUGCGUUGGGAGUCUAUGGACAAGGACUUCUUAACUUGAGUGGUCCUGGCGAUGGAAUCAAAGCGCGUCGACUGUUUCUGUCUCUUUUUUACAGCAUUGAAGUUGGUCCUGGUUCCCUUCUCCAGGCUCCACUCGAUGAGGACGUUCAAAGUAGCUUGGAUGCACUUUCGGCCUGUGAAAGUAAAACAUGCCCUACUGAGUUAAUCACACCACCUGAUGAUUGCCAUGUCAACAGCUCCUUGUCCUUUACACUACAAAUUUGCCGGGUUGAAGACAUAACUGUCGGUGGCAUAGUCAGGGGGAGUAUAAUCCAUAUUCACCGAGCAAGAACUGUGACUGUUACAAAUGAUGGUGCAAUAAGUGCCUCAGAAUUAGGUUGCAAGCAAGGCAUUGGUAAAGGGACAUUUUUUAAGUAUGGAGCUGCUGGUGGUGCUGGUCAUGGAGGACAGGGUGGUGUAGGGAUUUACAACGGAAUGAGAAGUGUAGGUGGUCAGCAAUAUGGCAAUGCUUAUCUUCCAUGUGAGCUAGGAAGUGGUAGCGGUUCUGCUGAGUCAGCUGAUUACAGUGCUGGUGGGGGCUUAAUUGUUAUUGGGUCUAUGAAAUGGCCACUUUCAAGAUUGUUAAUUUAUGGCUCUGUCAGCUCUGACGGUGAAAGCAAUAGAGGCACAACUGGAAAUUCUAAUGGGACCUUUAAAGGUGGCACUGGUGGCGGUUCUGGAGGAACAAUUCUGUUUUUUCUUCAACGGCUUCUGAUCGAGAAAAAUUCAUCAUUGUCAGCAUCUGGUGGCAAUGGAGGCAUACAUGGUGGAGGUGGCGGUGGCGGUGGCAGAAUACACUUCCACUGGUCAAAUAUUGCAACAGGAGAUGAAUAUGUUCAGAUUGCUUCUAUCAAUGGUACAGUAGCAUCAAGUGGAGGAUCUGGUAAUGAAGAUGGGCAUAUUGGAGAGGGUGGAACAGUGACUGGAAAGAAGUGCCCCAUGGGACUAUAUGGAAUAUUUUGCACCGAAUGCCCAGUCGGCACAUAUAAGAAUGUUGUUGGGUCCAACUCGUCUCUCUGCACCGCUUGUUCUCUGGAUAGUCUUCCAAACCGAGCUGACUUCAUAUAUGUAAGAGGUGGUGUUACCCAGCCCUCCUGCCCGUACAAGUGCAUAUCUGCAAAGUACAAGAUGCCAAACUGUUACACGCCACUUGAGGAACUUAUAUAUACUUUUGGUGGCCCUUGGUUUUUUGCAAUUAUCCUAUCCGCUGCAAUUAUUAUUUUGGCACUCAUCUUAAGUGCUAUAAGAGUUAAGAUUGGUGAGGGUGGCGUUACAUACCGGGCAACAAAUGCAAUCCAAAAUGACACCUAUUCUUCGUUCCCCCACUUGCUUUCACUGGCUGAGGUACCUGGGUCCAUCAUGAGGGACGAAACACAAAGCCAUGUUCACCGGAUGUACUUCAUGGGACCUAAUACCUUCCGAGAACCGUGGCAUCUUCCUUACUCACCUCCUGAUGCUAUAAUUCCAAUUGUAUAUGAAGAUGCUUUUAACCGCUUUAUCGAUGAUAUCAAUUUGGUAGCAGCCUAUGAGUGGUGGGAAGGUUCUGUGCACAGUAUACUUUCAGUACUUGCAUAUCCUUGUGCCUGGUCUUGGAAGCAAUGGCGCAGAAGAAAGAAAAUCCAUCGUCUUCAAGAAUUUGUUAGAUCUGAAUAUGACCAUUCAUGUCUUCGCUCUUGCAGAUCACGAGCUCUAUAUAAAGGGUUGAAGGUUGGUUCAACACCGGACUUGAUGGUUGCUUACAUUGAUUUCUUUCUGGGAGGUGAUGAGAAACGACUUGACGUAACAUUCAUGAUCCAGAAGAGGUUCCCGAUGUGUUUAAUUUUUGGUGGCGAUGGGAGCUAUAUGUCCCCAUACCACCUACACUGCGAUUCAAUACAAUCAAAUCUUCUUGUCCAGUAUGUAUGUACUACAACCUGGAACAGACUAGUUGAUGGCUUGAAUGCUCAGUUGAGGACAGUAAAGCAAGGCAGCAUCCGGUCAACUUUGGGACCAGUUGUUUCUUGGAUUAACAGUCAUGCAAAUCCCCAACUUGAGCUGCAUGGUGUUCGAGUGGAGCUAGGGUGGUUUCAGGCCACUGCUUCUGGUUACUACCAGCUAGGUAUUGUCUUAGCGGUGAAUGAGCACUUCUAUAAGAAUCACGACCAUCAUGAGCAUGCUCCAGACUCUGGUGAUCGCUCAAGGAAGAACUUUGCGGUCACACUACAGUGUUCGAGGCAGGCAAGCCAGGGUCAACCUUGUGGAAGCAAUGCAGUUUCAAGGAAGCGGUUGACAGGCGGAGUGAAUGGUGGGGUCAUAAACGAAGGAACAUUGAAGUCACUGGAGUACAAAAGAGACUAUCUCUUCCCUUUCUCGUUACUGUUGCAAAAUUGCAGGCCUAUUGGCUAUGCGGAAAGAUUGCAGCUGCUUAUUUGUAUUGUACUUGUGGGCGAUUUUUCCAUCACCUUGCUUAUGCUUGUACAGUACUACUGGAUAUCCGUUGGAGCUUUCCUCGCUGUACUGCUUAUUCCACCCCUUGCGCUUCUGUCCCCUUUUCUCGCUGGUCUCAAUGCGCUUUUCAGCCGAGGGCCCAAAAGAUCUUCUGUGACCCGUAUUUUUACUCUUUGGAAUACUACUUCUGUUGUGAACAUUAUUGUAGCAAUCAUCUAUGGUGCUAUGUACUGUGGGAUAUCAUCUCUGACAAUGUCUUCAGUUCAUGCAUCACACACCAAAGGCUUCAAGAGUAGGGAGGACAAUGAAUGGUGGAUACUACCUCUUGCCCUGUUUCUUGUCAAGUCACUGCAAGCUGGAUUGGUCAAUUGGCAUGUAGCGAAUCUGGAGAUCCAGGAUUACUCCUUAUUUAGCCUUGAUCCGGAUAGAUUCUGGGCGAGGUAGCACCCAGUGGCAAGAGUGGGAGAAUCUCAACCUCAUGUCACUGACAGGCCGCAUUUCCUGUAUUCAUCAGUUUACCGUAGUCGUAGAAUCUGGAACACAGUUGAGGUGCUUCUAGAAACCUGAGACUUGCUCCUAUUUGUAGGAGCUUUCCAGCAUGUGUGCAGAUAUGUUUGAAGUGGAAAUUUUGUUAGUCUGCAAUAUGUAGUGAUCUUUAGAAUAGGGUCUGGCUAACUAGAUUCUGCAGUUGCUAGGUUUUAGAAUAAGAUAGUGAGCGGGUGUACAGCAAAGAAUAAUGUGGUGAGAUUGGCAUUGGAAUGGUGUACAUUCUGUAAGUAAUAAUAGGGAACUCAUAUAGGUUUUUUGCUUAGCGUUUUUAGACUCAGGGCCGUGCCGGGGCUGUAUGUUAAUAAACGGCAAUGGUAAUUACCAGCAA